AUGGCGGACGAUGACCGCAAUACCGCGUUUCGCUCCUCGCCUUCGAGUCACUGGACCCAGAGCCCGCGGAUCUAUUCUCAUUCACAUCAUGGCACGCCCGCACAGGAAUACCAGGGCUUCAACUUUGCUUCACCUCAAAUGGCCAUGGAGCCUAGCGCAUUCAGCAACAACGCACAGCAACGACCAAUGCAUCAACAUCUGCAACCUCUGGUGAUGCCGCAAUGGCCGUCCAUGUUGGGGACUCAAGCUCCUUCAACUUACCAACCCAUGUAUGCGCAGCCUGUUCAAUCUGCUCAACCGAUUCAACCCAUGUCUGCCGGCCAACUCCACACCCCAGUCUCUGCGACAUCAACAAGAUCUGCGACAACGCCGCGGAAAACACUGACCGACUUGGACCGGAAGCGAAUGUGCCAGUACGCAGAGGAGCAUCCCAACAGCAAGCAAACAGAAAUUGGCACAAUCUUUGGGGUCGAACGAAGCACGGUCUCCAAGGUGCUGCGACAAAAGGAGAAAUACCUCCUUCAACAAGAAGACGGCAGUCGGUCUCCCGCAAAGCGACCGAAAGGACGCUCGCCCGACAUUGAGCGGGCGCUCGCCAAUUGGGCUAAGAAUCAGGAGAAGAAGGGCAAUCCGCUCACUGAUGAGCUGAUCCGCAGACAGGCCCGCGCCUUUUCGACCACGACAACAUGUCCAGAGGUGACAUUGAGCUCCAGCUGGAUCGAGAAGUUCAAGCUGAAGAACAAUCUCAUGGGAGCGCGAUCGCGAAAAGCAUCACUUGCAACAGACGACUUCGACUCUAGCUCCAAUCUCGCUUCAUCUUCGCAUUCUCCCCGCGAUGGAACCUCCCCCUUAUCACCUUCAGGCGCCGCUUCUCCUUCGCCGGUGGAGCUACACUGUAUUCAAAGCCGCGAGAGUCUAAAGCAUGAAAGUCCAGACGACUAUCUCAACUUCGGCAGCAGACACGUACCAUACCAUUCGCAAAGUACAAGCUCCCUGCACAGUGCAUUCACCGACACAGCACCUUCAAGCUUCUCGCYUGGCCCAAUAAGCCCAACAUCACCAUUCUUCACACCCGACUCAGGCACUGCUCCAUCACCUUUCGUGCCGACAUCUGCUGGGAGGCCACUUCUACCUGCCUUACCACACGCCAACUCACAUCGACCACGAAGUCAGACCUUUCCACAGUUGGACUUAGGGAUGCCUCCAAACGGAGACGCAAUGACACCUAAAUACAGCAACGACGCAGUCCUAGACUCCCCCAUGGAAGAACAACCGGACCCACUCGCCAGUCUCAAUCAAGCCGUCUCAGUCGGCCACCCGUCAGCCGACCGGCCGCACACCGUCACUCCCUCGGAAAUGAUGCGACCACCGCCAUUACCGGCACAUCUACAGCAAGAUUUCAGGCGAGACUCCACUUCUUCCAUACUCCACAAUGCCACGACCACUCCAGACGAAGCACGACAAGCUCUCCAAGUCGUUCUGAGCUUUUUCGAACAACAGCCGAAUGGUUUCCUUGAUUUGAAUGAAAGUGUCACGAUUGGCAAACUCAUGGAGAAACUCAAACUGCGCUCUCGAGGCAGUAGCAGUUGA